AUGGUUUUGUCCAAUUACCUUAAUUCUCUGUCCAAAACACCUCAAAAGCUAAAGAAAAGGAUGUUAGCAACAUGGACACCAGACCAAGAACUCAACAAAGUGAGGCUAAGGUCUGGUGCUGACAUGAAGAGGAAACUGACAUGGUAUGAUUUAGUAGCUCUUGGAAUUGGAGGAAUGCUUGGUGUUGGAGUUUUUGUAACAACUGGCCAUGUUGCUCGUAAAAACGCGGGCCCUUCUGUUUUCAUCUCAUACAUAAUUGCUGCUGUAUCUGCCCUUCUUUCUUCCUUGUGUUAUACUGAGUUCUCUGUUGAUGUUCCUGUUGCUGGUGGAGCUUUCAGUUAUCUCCGAGUUACUUUUGGGGAAUUUGUGGGAUACUUUGCAGGAGCAAAUAUAUUAAUGGAAUAUGUGUUGUCAAAUGCUGCUGUUUCAAGAAGUUUUACAGAGUAUUUGUCAUGUGCCUUUGGUAGAAAUGAUCCAAAUUCAUGGAGAAUCCAUGUACAUGGUUUAAUGCAAGGUUACAACAUGUUGGAUCUCCCCGCGGUCGCGUUGAUUAUUGUCCUCACUAUUUGUUUGUGUCAUAGUACUAAAGAGAGCUCAAUGUUGAACCUGAUAAUGACAGUCUUCCAUGUGGUCUUUUUUGGAUUUAUAAUAAUAGCUGGAUUUUGCAAUGGAAAAGUUGAGAACUUAAUAAAGCCAGGAGGAAUAGCUCCUUAUGGUGUUAGAGGGAUUGUUGAUGGAGCAGCCAUAGUUUACUUCAGUUAUAUUGGAUAUGACACAGUGUCCACCAUGGCUGAAGAAAUAAGAAACCCUUCAAAGACUCUACCUGUGGGAAUUGUUGGCUCUGUCCUCAUUGUCUCUGUCCUCUAUUGCCUCAUGGCUCUAUCCUUGUGCCUUUUGCAACCUUAUAACAUGAUUCCGGAAGGAGCAUCAUUUUCAGCAGUUUUCGAGUUGAUGGGGUGGAAGUGGGCAAGCAAUGUAGUAGGGGCAGGUGCAAGUUUAGGGAUUGUGGCAUCUCAAUUAGUAGCCAUGCUUGGACAAGCAAGGUACCUUUGUGUCAUUGGGAGGGCUAGACUUGUACCUUCUUGGUUAGCCAAAGUACAUCCUACUACUGGCACUCCACUAAAUGCUACUAUCGUCUUGGGUAUAUGCCAAGCAUCAAUUGCAUUAUUCACAGAGCUUAAUAUUGUAAUAGAGAUGAUCUCCAUUGGCACAUUACUAGUAUUUUACUUAGUGUCCAAUGCACUUAUAUACCGUCGAUAUGUAAUCCUUACAUUGAAAAUGGUGGCAUAUAAAAGAUUUGGUAUAUGGGCUGGUGUUAUAACAAUAUUUUAUGUACUAUAUGGUGUUCACUCAACAUAUCAUGCUGAAGAAAUAUUGGAAAUGGUUGUUGUUGAUAAUGUGAAUACCAAUUCUUCCACCCAACAACAAAUUACUAAGGUUGAGAUUCAACUUUUUUAA